CCCCAGCAAUUCCUUUAGUGAGAUACUCUUGCUGAGUAUGUGUGUUUGUUUAAGUGCUUCGUGGCUUAGAAAGUGCCUGAGAUUGGUCUGCUGUAUAAGUUGAAUGCCAGAAAGGUGAAGCUUGAUUUGUGAAAAGCGAGAGAGAGAGCAGAUGACUGUUGGUGACUCUUCUUGCACUAAAGAUCCAUAACUUGUAAUCUGAGAAAAAAGAUCCAUAACUUGUAAACUGAGAAAAAAGAUCCAUAACUUGUAACUGAGAAAGAAGGUUCAGACUCUGAGACAACCCAAUAGCUUCUGGUGCUUUGCAAUACAAAGGUACACAAAGACUCAGGAACUGCCUAUAAAUCUUAGAAACAUUUCAGCACAAAAGCUGUGUGCGAGAGAGACACGAAAUGGAACAAGGCCUAAAAGGUCUUGAAAAUCAGAAGAUAAGUGGAAGCAUAAUUGAAAAACCAGCCAUGGCCAAUUCUCUGAGGCUGAAAGUAUCCUCUCGCCCUAAAGAGAAGAGGAAGAUUAGUCACAUUGGUGUAAAGGGAAAAGGGCAGCUGAAAUUAUCAGUUCAUCUUCAAGAUGGAGCAAUCGCGGUUCACAUUAUGGAAGCAAGAGGACUUCUGGGGAGAGAAUGUCGGGCCUGUGAUGCUUACACAAAGUUGUCUGUGGUACCAGACCAUGAUCGCAGAAGCAGGCAGAAGACGAAAACAGUAGCAGACUGCAAGAACCCAGUAUUUCAUGAACAUUUUAAUUUUCCCUUGCAGGAGUCAGAUGAACAAAAGAGACUUCUUGUUACAGUUUGGAACCGAGACAAAAAUUCAAGAUGCAGUGAGCUACUGGGAUGUAUGAGUUUUGGAGUGAAGUCACUACUUGAAUUGGAGAAGGAGAUCAAUGGUUGGUACUAUCUGCUUGGAGAAGACCUAGGAAGGACAAAGCACUUGAAAGUAGCUGCACGUCGUCUUAAACACAUCCAAGGUCCUGCUUUGAAAAAUUACAUUGGAGAAAAUGAGAAUAGAGGCAUUGAAGAUAUGCUCCAAUUGAAGGUGACGAUCCCACGAGGAAAGGAUGGGUUUGGCUUCACUAUUUGCUGUGAUGCUCCAGUCCGGGUGCAAGCAGUAGAUCCAGGUGGCCCAGCCGAUCAGUCCGGGUUACAGUCCCUAGACACUGUGCUCCAGUUGAAUGGACAACCUGUCGAGCAGUGGAAAUGUGUGCAGCUCGCUCACGCAAUCAGAAAUUGUCCCAGUCAGAUUAUAGUGUUAAUCUGGCGACUGGUCCCGCAUUUGAAACCCAGCUUCGAGCGAAUGAUUAGAAGACCAUCCAGCAAGUUGAACCAGGAUUUGCAGUCUCCACCCAAUAAGCGCGAGAGGUACUGCAGUCAGCCGGUGGGACUGCUGGAGCACAGGGAAAGUUGUCGUGUUGUGUACGACGGUACCAAUGGGGUCGUACUUAACAGCUGGGAGCGACGAGAGGAAUUUGUGCAGAAUGGAGGUCUGGUCCCAAAUGUUCCAUCCGAGGGAGACAACAUCCUCAUUCUGUCACCAAUAAAACGGGGCAGCCAGAUUCUGAGGCCAGUACCUCAAGAUAACCACGUCAUUUAUGCAAACGUAAACCAUGGCAGAGUACAAAGUGCCCCAGAGCGGAAGCAGUCCCUCAUUGGGUCUUCAGCAGACAUCUUCAAAGCAACAGUGCAAGCAAUGAGGAGCUACGGGGACUACAGGAACUGCACCGUUGUGAGAUCACACACCCCUCGUGCCAGCUACGGGCCCUGCCUGCCUCUUGCUCCAAAAAUCCUGGUAUUCCCUCUCUUUGUGCAGCCAUUGGAUUUGUGCAGCCCUUCACGAAUACUUAUCCUUUCAGAAAAUGCUCUUUUCCUUGAUGGUAAAAGUCAGCCCCUCAAGGUUUGCAUUUUCAUCUACACGGAUGUGCUGUUGCUCACCAAGGAGGACAGUCAGGGACAUUGCAGUGUGUUACAGAACCCGCUGUUCUUCCACAGCAUGGAGUUAGAGGAAGGUCCGCCUGAGGGUCUCCAGUUUUACAUCACGUAUGUUGAGAAAUCACGGAGCAGUUUGAGUUUGGAAGCAUACACAAAGGAACAAAAAAAGAGACUGUGUCGAUGUAUAAUGGAAAACAUCAUUAAACAGAAGCAAGUUCAGUGUUCAUCAGUAACUGAGACAAUGAACCAGAUCCUUGACCCCAAAUCAGACGAGAAAUCCGAGAUGUUACCUGAGGUAAAGGUUCCUCCCAGUGAGCCGCAGCCAACCAGAGAGGGAAAUGAUGAAAGCGAGAAGCUCCCAGAGAAAGAAAAGGCUGCAGAAGGAGAAAGUGAAGCCAGAGAGGAAAUGAAAGGAAGUAUUGAGCAGCAGGACGCCACAGAGUCACAGAAACCUCGGCUGCCAUUCACUAUACCAGAGCUGAGGCUGGACAGGACGUUCACCCAGAGCACUGAAAAUCUUCCCAUUUUACUUCUCGAUGGGGACGAAGAUGAGGAAGAGGAGGAGGAAGAGGAGGAGGAUGAUGAUGAAGAUGAAGAAGACAGUGAUGACUGUUACUUGGACAGUCAUGAAACUAAACGGCGCAGUAUGAUUGAAAGUUCCGAGUGUGAGAAGCAUUGUACUCUCUCUAUUCAGAACUCGCUGCGUCGGAGGACCCACAGUGAAGGAAGUCUGAAGCAGGAACCGAAAACUCAGUGCUUUAAAUCUGACAAUGCGCUCAACUGCGUGGGAUGCGAUGGACAGAAAGCUAACGUCAGCUGGGCUCCACCCUCGCCGACAACCCUCAAGAAGGAGAUUGCCAAUGUGAAAAACGGUGGCUCCAUGUACCAAUUGUGUCUCAUCUUCUCUGGGCGUAAACUAAGUGGAGCAGAUUCACACUGUGCUGGUGAAGCCGAUGAUGGCUCCAAGAAGAAAAAGACCAAGAAUCUAGCCAAAGAUAUGAAAAACCGUUUGGGAUUUCUCCGAAGGCGCAACGAUUCCGGCUCAGGAACCCAUGCUGCAAAGCUCGACAAAGUCAGCAAAACUGUAAAACCCUCCUGUGAAGAAGCUUUGAAGUGGGGAGAGUCUUUGGAAAAGCUUCUCAUCCAUAAAUAUGGAUUAGCAGCUUUCAGAGCUUUUCUACGCACGGAAUUCAGCGAAGAGAACCUGGAAUUCUGGCUGGCAUGUGAGGAUUACAAAAAAUCCAAAUCGCAAUCCAAGAUGACUUCCAAGGCGAAAAAGAUAUUUGGGGAAUAUAUUGCCAUUCAGUCUUGCAAAGAGGUUAAUUUGGACUCCUACACGAGAGAACACACCAAGGAGAAUCUCCAGAAAGUCUCACGGUCCUGCUUCGAUCUUGCCCAGAAAAGGAUAUACGGCUUAAUGGAGAAGGACUCCUACCCCCGGUUCCUCAGGUCAGACCUCUACCUGGACCUGAUCAAUCAGAAGAAACAGAACCCGUUGUCAUAGACACACCUAUAUUCCUGACAGUCAAUGGGGACAAAUUAAAUGUUGUGUUUACAUUACUAGCAAGGGAAGACCAUCGUUUAUCUCUGAGACCUCCAAACCCUCUGCAGUAGUUUGAAAUCUGAUGGCAUCAAAGUUCAGAGUAACUUUACUUAGGAGCCUGAAGAUUAGUGAACCUGGACAGAUUUUAACAGUCAGGUACUGUUCUGCAGCCGAAUUCAGCCCGGGGUCCUGGAACCCUGGUAUUGAAUUGGUUUUGGUUACCUUCCAUGUGUAAUAACAGCACAAAGACCUUGCAGGGCCUCUGGACAGGGAACCAAUUAAUCUUGUUCUUCCAAGCUAAUAUAAUACUCAGUUUUCCAGAGCAGCAGGAAGCUCCUCACUCUGGAGUCCAACAAUAAAUAUAACAAGAGCCAAAUUAUUCUGAAAAGCUGUACUUCCAAGACUGUCCGAAAUUGUCCGUCUUCAGGAUCGGACAGCAUUUACAACUCUACAACAUGAUGAAAAAGGAGACGCCAACUUCCUACAUUAAAGAAACAUUCUGUGGAUCGUGCCAUGAGACCUUCCACCUCUGUGUAUGAAUCUGUAUCCUUAGGUAGUACCAAGUGCUCCUGCCACAGAAACCUAUCAACAGCUUCGUCGUGUGCUGGGGAACAUCGAGCUAUUUAUUUCUAUAACCAGAUGCUUGAUGCAUUUCUAACAGGAAUUAUUCCUUGUUUUCCUUCCAUGUGUUAAAGUGCAAUAUUUCAAAGGUAUUUCUUUACCUUUUAAUUAUGUGUCAUUUGUAAUAUUUUCUGGAGUCUGUACAAAUUAUUUUGAAAUCUUAAAUUGAGAGUGAAUGUUUAAUAGUAACUGUUGCCCUAGCAGCAGGCAGCUGGGGAUAUUCCAACUGUAUAUAUAGCUCCUCGCAGAUGUUGAGUUUAAGAUUCCUGAUGAGAUAGUAGCUGAAUAAAGGUGUAUGUAGCGAUUGCCUCAGUGCAGAGUGCUGUGAAGAGACAGCACAGAAAUGGUUUCCGUUGACCAUUGCUGGUUGACGUUGAGUUUGAGGAAGGCUUGUUUAGUCUGUUCCAAUCAUUUACAGUGUAGUCAUUCCCGAAGCGAGAAACCAACCCUUUUAUCCUGGUAGGUGGUAAAUAAAGAGUUGUUAAAGAACAAUGCAUUCAUCUUUCUGAUGUUGUCCUUUUACACCUGAACAUUGUGGACUCACUGCCUACAUCAGCGAUUUAAUGUAAACACGAGAGAUUCUGCAGAUGCUGGAAAUCCAGAGCAACGCACACUCAAUGCUGGAGGGACUCAGCAGGUCAGGCAGCAUCUUUGGAAAUGAAUAAACAGUCAACGUUUCAGGCAGAGACGCUUCACCAUGACUGGAUUUAGUGAUUAAAUGUAACAUAAUUUUAUUAUUUAUUCACAUUAUGAGACCGUUUUCUCACGUACUUUGUGGUUUGUAUCAUCAAAGAUCAGAUUUAUUCACCAGAUACAUUCACAUGUUUUAGGAAUUUGCUGUGAUGUGUUGGUCAGGGUGAGACAUGCAACAAAGAACAACAACAUUCUGUACUUAUGCUGAAUAAAGAAUUAUAUAAAAUAAAUUUGGAGGUAAAGUACAGAUAUGGAAUAAAAUGUCAAUAAAUACAUUAUAGAUUCAAGAUUGUUCAAUGUCAUUUCCCGUACGCUAGUGUAAAGGAAAACAAAAAAACAAAAUAACUGUUACUCCAGAUCAGAUGCAGCAUAAAAAAACACAAUAAGAUA